UGUGCUUUUCUAUUUAGCUGUGAGUGUAAUUACAGGGCACGGGAAAGAGGAGGAGGAGGAGGGACUGCGUUUUCCUCCUCUUUCCCAUCCCUCCUUCGUCUGUUGUCCCUACACAACCCAAAAAACUCCCGUCUCCAAAGCUGCCCGCGCGUCCGCUUGCGUCCUCCGCCGGGUUUCCCACCUCCUGCGCUCACUUUCAUGCCCCCUUUUCUCCUUCUUUUCCCUCCUUCCUUCUCGCACAAUCGGCUUCCCCUCCGAGCCCGGACCUGGAGGGGGAAACGGAGGCCGGAUACGGUUUCUACGACAAUGGAAAUUCUAUCAGGAAAUGGAGAAGCCGGUGCGGUGUCAGCGCCCGGAGGCUUGGGUUCUGCCCGCAGUACCUCGGAGCCACAGGUGGAGGCGACAGACGGAGCUCGGGAGCCGCAGGGGACGAGGCGCAUCGAGAGAUUUGACAUCCAGCUCCACAGCCUCAAGAGGAUGUUCGAGAAGCCGGCGAACUCGGUAAGUCCCGCCGCCGCCGCACACACAUCAGGGAAAGGGACGUCCAGCAGCCGCUCAAAGGCAGAUCGAUCGGCGCAGUCCACCAUGGAAGACAUUGCUGCAGGCGGCGGCGGUAGAUCCAGGUCAGGACGUUCGGAGGUCGGGCUGAGUCAGGAGACCAGAUCGGGGAGCGUCGAGGAUCCGGAGGCCGAGAGCGUGUCUGUGAAGGAGCGCAUGGCCAUGUAUCAAGCCGCCGUAUCCAAGAAGGAGCCCGCUUCUGCUAUGACGGACGGGGCGGAGGCGUGCUCGCUGCCCGGAGGCCUCGCCAGCGUCAAGAGGCAGUUCGAGAGUCAGGAGUUCGCGUCGUCCUCCCAUUCCACGGUCACUCACGUCCAGUACCAGCAGAGAACUGUCCAGGAAACGUCAAGCUCCUCGGAGGUGACGGUACGGAGCAGCGCGAGAGAAGCGGCGCCCCCUACGGCAAUUUUUCACAAUCAGCAAGAGGUCGUUCAUGAUCAAAAAGUGGCGGCUGGAUACGGGAGCCAUUACCACGAAACAGUUACUCUCGUCGGAGGAGAGGACCUACCGAAGGUUUCGACUCAAGCUUUGAAGCAGCAGUACGAGAAGACGAUCGAGGAGGCGGCGCCGGCCAAAGAAGUCAAGGUUGACGUCGAUUUAAACCAGUUUCAAUGGGCUCCGGUUAAACACUCGUCUGAAUCCGCAGUUACAAAAACGUGUGAGUCGUCUUCUACUGUCAAAACAUCGUCCGCCACGUUUGAAGGCGAGGACGGCUUCCCUCCGCCGCCGCCUCCGCCAAACUUUGAGCAGGUCUCGGUGGAGUCCAGCAAACAAACCGCGCAAAGUAAAGCUAUGAAAGAGCAGUACUUUAAACAAAAGAGCUUGGCGGAGUUAAAACGGCUUUACAAACACAUUAACCCAGACGUGCGCAAGAAUUUGGAAGUCGACUUCUCGACCCAGCUCAGCGAGGCCGAACGGCAGCAUUUGGAGAGCGGCGAAAUGACGGGGGACGUCCAGCAGGCGUGUUACAGGUUCGAAUACGAAGGAAACAGCGAGUGUUCAAGCCCGGACCGAGAAUCCGUGGAGUGGGAUGAAAUUCUCAAGGGGGAAGUGCAGAAUCGACGUUGGCUGUUUGAAAAUCAGCCAUUAGAUGCGAUAAAAGACGACACCCCGGAUGAGAAUGAAAGAAAUAUUAAUCAACAGGAAGUUAUAUCGGGUAAAGACGUCAGAUUAACGGCUUGGAUGUUUGAAACGCAGCCCAUAGAUUCUCUGGGGAAUGAGACAACGGCGUCAAACGAGCUAACGGAGAAAAAUGGGGAUCUUGCGAGAGGCGACGUGCGUACAGCUACUUGGCUUUUUGAGACCCAGCCACUCGACUAUCUUAAUAAAAUCUACCAAGAAGACGAGUUCGAGACAGAUGGGGCGAUAACUAAAGAUAUUACGGGGGGAGAUGUGAAGACGGCGAGGUAUCUGUUUGAAACGCAGCAUUUGGACUCUCUGGGUAAAACUGAAACCAUAGAGGAGAGUCACUUUCUCAAUCUGAAAUCGGAGUUGGAGGAGAUUAAAGGGGAUGUAAAGACCACCACUCGCAUGUUUGAGACGAUGCCCAUGUGUGUGAUCAGGGGGGAGUCCGGGGAGAUGCUGCAGAUCACAACCAUCCAACGCGAGGAGACGGAGAAAGGAGACGUCAAGACCUCGCGUUGGAUGUUCGAAACACAACCGAUAGAUAUGAUCAACAAAGACCCGGCGACGGUUAAACUUAUCUGCGGUAUCUCCAUGGAGGACAACAUCCAAGGGGGCGUCAACAAGGGGAGAUGGCUUUUCGAAACAAAGACUCUGGAUUCUAUUAAGGAUGAGGAAUGGGAGAGUUCGAAGAGACAAAGGGAGGAAAUAAUUGGCGCCGAUGUGAGGAAGCAUUGCGAGGUGUUCGAGACGCAGCCCAUGGACACGCUGAAGGACAACACCAACGCUAGGCCGCUACCGUCCGAGGAGAUCGUCGGCGGAGAUGUUCAAACGGCGAAAUAUCUGUUUGAAACGGUCCCCAUGGAAAAUUUGAAGGAGCUGCGGGAAGUGGGGAAGCUGAAGAAAAUGGUGGCGUCUGAGGAGGAGAAAGGUGACGUGAGGCAUCAAAGGUGGGUGUUUGAGAGUCAGCCGCUGGAGAGUAUAAGAGAAGACAAGAAGGAGAUCACAAGGACCGUGAAUAUAGAGGCGCUGGAUAAAGGCGAUGUGAGCAACUUUAAAGAGCGGUUUGAAACUAUGGAUUUAAGUAAAUGCGACGGGGCUCAAAGAAUCCAAGUGGAAGGUGUCACAAGUGGGUCAGUCAAAUCCAACACAGUGCUGUUUGAAUCCACUCCUAUGUACGCCAUGCAGGACAGCGCCGGCCAUUACCACGAGGUCAAAACCGUGCGGCGUGAGGAGAUUGUGAAGGGAGACGUCAGGAGUUGCAGAUGGAUGUUUGAAACGCGGCCCAUUGACGAGUUUAAUGAAAGUAUUAAUACAUUUCAGAUUAUAAAAGGCAUUUCAAAAGAGAUUCAGUCCGGGGAUGUAAAAACGGCUAAGUGGUUAUUCGAAACGCAGCCGCUGGACACUCUGAAGUUUGAAGAUGAAGAGCGUAAAACUAAAGAGGAAAUUCACAUCGAGAGGGGGGAUGUGAAAACCUGUAGAUGGCUUUUUGAAACGCAGCCGAUGGACGUGUUGUAUGAAAAGGUGGAGAAGAACGAGGCAGAUGUGGAAGUGCAGAAGGGCGAUGUCAAAACGUGCACUUGGCUCUUCGAAACGCAGACGCUCGAUAAUAUUCGCGAUCAUACCGAAUCGGAAGAAACCAUUUUAACCACCUGCACGAUGAAGCAAGAGGACAUACAAGGUAAAGAUGUCCGCCUGGCUCGUUUCCUCUUCGAAACUGAAAAUCUCGAUAAUCUCUCUGGCUCCGAUUCUUUCCGUAGAAUCACAAAAAUUGACAUCCAGUCCGGAGAUGUUUCGAGGAUGAAAUAUAUUUUUGAAAACCAGUCCUCGGACAUUAUGAGCUCGACUUCGGAGGAAACGAUGCAAAAGUUGAAGACGAUGCAGGCGGAGGACAUCCAACGCGGCAACGUCGUCAACUGCACGUGGAAGUUUGAGACGCAGCCCAUCGACGCCAUUCGCGAGGACGUGGACGAGACCAGAGAAACGCGGACUGUGACCGACGUGCAGGGCGGCGAUGUGGACAAAGGCCGGUUUAUUUUCGAAACGUACUCUCUGGAUCAGAUUAAAGAGGAGUCAACGGAAACGGAAAUAUCUAAACUUACAAGUAUUUUGAGGAAUGAGAGGGAGAAGGGAGACGUGAAGAAUUAUACGAUGAUGUUUGAAACGCAACCGCUUUACGCCAUCCGUGAUAAGGAGGGACACUAUCACGAAGUAACGACGGUAACAAAAGAGGAGAUAAUGAGAGGAGAUGUGGUGGGGGCUCGGUGGCUUUUCGAGACAAAGCCGCUCGAUUCGAUUAGGGAUUCAGAGGAGGUGUACGUUAUAAAAGCAGUAACCGAAGAAGGGGUUAACAAAGGAGACGUUAGCACCGCCAGAUGGAGGUUUGAAACACAGCCGCUUGAUGAAAUUACAGAGGAGAUAAAAGAAAGGUCAAAAACUGUCGCCGACAUCCAAGGCGGCGACGUCAAAACAAACAAACGCCGCUUCGAAACAGACGACGUUUCUCAAAAGUACAUCAGAACCGUAAGCGUGAGCGAGAUCCAAAAAGGGGACGUCAGGUCGGCGACGUGGAUGUUUGAAACUCGUACGAUUGAUGAGAUCCGAGGAGAGGGGAACGAAUAUGACGACAUGGAGCGGGUGACAAAGGAGGAAGUGAUGAAAGGAGAUGUCAAACAAUCCGUGUGGCUCUUUGAAAAACAGCCCCUCGACAAAAUCAAAGAGGACGACGGAGCCGGGCUCGCCGUUACCAAGGAGGCGAUUCCACAGGGCGAUGUGAAAACGACAACAUGGCUUUUCGAGUCCACCCCUUUUCAUGACUUUAACGAGAGCUGCGUGGAGAAGAAGGAAAUCAUGGGCAAAAGCGUCAAAGAAACGCUUGAAGAGCUGUAUAGUCAGAAAAUGGUGGAAUCGCAAGGGAUUCUGAUAGAAGCUGAUGAGAUCGGUGAUGUGCGCAUGGCCAAGUACAAACUGCUGAACCAGGAUGCCCCAGAAAUUCAAAAGGAAGAAGUUAUUCACGGGGACUUGAGCAAUAUUAUGAUGAACCUCCUGAACCGCAGGGAGACCACAGAGAGGGCUAUAACUAUUGACAAGGAGGAGCGGGGUGACAUCAACACAACAGUCAGACAGCUGUUCAACCAGGAAAAAGAAAUCAGUGUCGAGAAAGAGGAGAUUAUCUGCGGCGACAUUCAAGAGGCCAUAAACAAUCUACUCAAAAAUGAAGGCUCAUCCAAGCGUGGCAUUCUGAUUCAAGAGGAUGAGAAGGGAGACGUGAAGAUGACUAUCUAUUCUCUGUUAAACAAAGGCCAGAGCACGAGCAUGGAGAAAGAAGACAUUAUUCAAGGUAAUGUUAGCAAAACACUCCAUCGUCUGCUUUCAAACUCAGGAGCGGAGGACUCGAAGAAAAUAAAAGUUUUAGAUACAGAGAGAGGUAAUGUUAGUUUUUACUCCACGUGCAUCGAAUCGGGCGCACUGGAUUAUCUCAAACAGCUGCAGUGCGACGCAGAAGAGAGCACCGAGAAUGUAGAAAAGGAGUGUAUAAUUGGCGGUGACAUCGAAGAAACGAAAAUACUGCUGCGAAGAAAUCAGCAGCAGAUCGGGCGUACGGUAGCAGAGCACGAUAUCGUUCCUGGAGACGUACACAGCACCGUUAAAGUCUUUAUGACCGUGCCCGCCGUUAACUAUAAAAACCUGGAAAAACAGGACAUUGUUAAAGGUGACCUCAAUGCAGCUUUGGAUUCUCUGACGCAAGCGAUCAACCAGAAAGUCGUUAUCGAGAAGGAGGAGGUGGUCAAAGGCGACAUCCCUACCACGCUGAGAUCUUUAGAAGAAGCCCAGCAUCAACCCAAAGAAAUGGAAAAGCCGGAAAUUGUCAGGGGAGAUAUCAAAAGUGCUUUAGAGUCGCUGGAAAAAUCCGCUGCCGUUAAAACAGAAGCAACAGUUGAUGACUUGGUGGCAGGGGACAUUAAAGGCACACUACGAUCCCUGGAGGAGGCUACGCAAGUUGUGAGAGAGGUGGAAAAAGCUGAGAUUGUUAAAGGAGACAUCCACACCGCCAUGCAAAGUCUGCACGAGGCCACGAGCGAGAAGAAAACUUAUCAGCACCAAGUGAGCGAACAAGGGGACGUUAAGGGGACUAUACAGCUGCUGCUAGAGCCAUCGACUAGCCCGAGAAUGCAGCGCAGAGGGAGUAUAGAGGGGGAUGUUAAAACGUCUAUAAAGUCACUCUAUGAGGGACAAGAAUCGGCGCAGAUUGAAAAAGAGGAGGUAGUGAAAGGAGACGUUCAAGGGGCAAUCAAAUCUCUCAUGGAAAGGAAACAAUAUACUAAAGUAAAACGAAUGUACCCAAAGAAGACAAAAGUGAGCGUAAAAAAUCCGUCAAAGCAGCCCGAGCGUGAAGCUAAGAGUGAGAGUGGAGCAGCAGUCGAUGUGGCCCCCGCUGUGAAAAACCUCUCAGAGAGCACUGAGUCACAGAAGCACGUACACAAGCACAGGGAAAGCAAAUUGGUGAAAACAGAGGUAAUAACCCAAGAGGAGCAGUCGGCAGCUGCAGCCAAAACAGACGAGGCCUCUCAGAAGACCGACAUAAACGAGCAAAAGCCGAAAACAAUUCCCCCGCACAAAUCACAGGCCCCUAAGCCCAUUAUGAUAAAGCAUAAACAAAAAGCUAAUAAAGAUCAAACAGAGAUUAAAGCCACUGAUGUGAAUUUGAUGAAAGAGGAGCACAGUGUGACGCAGACGGUUUCAACAAAGACGAUCACACAGGUGAAAUCUGCCGUCACGGAAAAGACCAUCUCACAGAAGCCGAAUGUGACGGAGCAAAUGUCGGCUGCGUCGCAAAAUCAAACGGAGGAGAGGACUUUGGCACAGAAGCAUGAAAAGACAUCAUCAAAAAGCAUCAAAAACGUGAAAAGUGACGGCCAUAAUCCUGGCCCGAAAGGGAAAAGUUUCAUCAAAAAGCCCAAACCAGAAAUCCACUUCCCUCCUCCGCCUGUGUCGCCCCCUCCUCCUUCAGAGUCGGAGCUGUCCCUGCCUCCUCCACCCUCGCCCGUAUUGGAGAGCCCGGCGUCACCCACAUCUACGCCUGGUAUGAUGAGACGGGACAGCGACCUACCGCCGCCACCCCCUCCUCCGCCAGCCGAAUGCGCCAAGUCCGAACCGGAGUUUUUCCCUCCUCCGCCCCCUCCACCUCCCGCGUCUGCCGUCUCCGGGCCCGACUUUCUCCCUCCUCCUCCUUCGCAGCAGGAGCUCAACGCAAUGCCCAAGCCUUCUAUAGCCAAGUUCGAAAAACCCACCGGCAAGCCUUUAUUUAAAGUUCCCAAACCAGUAGAAACGCCAAAGCCCGUGCAAAUUAAACCAACAUGGAAAAAGAAACAAGAAAUCCCUCCUCCCCCGCCUCCGCCUCCACCUACAUCACAGCUGCCUCCAGAUCAAGAAAUAUCACUGGAGUGUAAAGAAGAAGCAAAAGUUCAGGAGGUAAAGAAGACGGAAACAAAACAGCAUUUUGAAACAAGAAAAGAGUUGCAGUCUGAGUCAACAGCCGUGUCAACAACUAAAAUUCCGGCGUGCAUCCCAAAGCAAACGCCGAAAGAAAGCCCGCAGCCGCCUAAAAAAGUCUUUCCUCCUCCGUUUAAACUGCCACCAGCCCCCGAGCCCUCCCCGGAACCGCCCAAGCCGAGACCCUACGCUCGCAAAUUCAAAACCCCCCUCAUGCUCGCGGAGGAGCGUUACCGCCAGCAGAAGAUAGAGAAAGAGGAAAUGGAUAAAAGUACAGUUACGACUCCCACUUCGCCUCCGGUUAAUGCGCAAACGUUUACUUCUGUGGCAAGCGCUGAGCAAACUGCGGCGCAAAACGUAGAGAAACAAUCUGUAUCGCAACUGACAACACAGAAAGAAACGACGAUCAAGGUCACUUCUAAAGAGGACGCGUCUACUCAUGAGAAAAGCGUUAAGAAAAGUAUCGCUCUGGGUAAACCUUCUAUUUCAGUCGUAAACAAAAAACUUGCGGCUCCAAAUGUGUCGCUAGAUAAAAAAGUCUCGUCGGAAAAAAUAGUUUCAACUGAUGUCGUGGUUAAAAAGAGUCCGACCCCUCCUCCACCCAAACCUCCGACGACGAUUUCAACCUCAGAGUCCCACAGGGAAAGCUCCCAUACCGAAGUCCAGUCAUGUGCUAAUGUGGUCACUUCUUCGGUCACGCAGCAGCAGCACUCUAUUAAGAAAUCUAGCGCCAAGUCUAUCUCUACCACACAGAGCGCUGUCCAGGAAAAUGUAAAUCUUCAAACCCAGGCGACGGUCACAUUCAAAGCCGAAGAUGUAAAGAAUAUUAAUGCGCCCGUGACACAAGAGGUAAAACCGGCUCCUUCACAACCCACUAAAAUCCCAAAGGUAACUCCAAGUUUCAAGGUGAAAACAUUUAAGAUGCCAGUUGAGAAAAAAGAAGAGAAAUCCGUCAGCGCUGCACAAAAGGAGUCGAUGAAAAGUGAAGUACAGCAGGAAAAAAGUCACAUUAUACAGAAAAGUGAGACAAAGGUGGUUCAGGAAAACAACCAGCAGAGGUCAGCAAAAAACGAAAUGAGUAAAACCGAAACUAAACUGCAAGAGAAGAGCGAUCACGCGACCCAACCUUCAACUAAAGCCGUGGUGGAGGUGCAAGUGAAAAAAGAGACGCGCAAGAACGAGAGCGAGGUGAAGCUGUCGCCAUCGGUUACCGUUCUAAUGCCCAAGGUGGCUAAGCUAACCGCGAGUCAUCAAGGCCAGAGCCACGCGGCCGCCGCCAUCUCCCACAGUCAGCAGAGCGCGAAGGCCGAGCACGUUCACAGACACGAGGAGGUGGUGGUGACGGAGAGGGUGGUGCAGAGGCAGGACGCUAUUCAAACGCAAAAACAACAAAUAAAACAGCAAGGCGUCGAGGCGAAUAAAACGCAGAUCAAAGCGGCUAAGCUAAGAGGUGAGAGCAGGGAUGGUGCGAUGAAAGGAACAGAGAAAGCGACUGCGAAAGUUGAAGCUGUGCCAGUUGAAAUGACAGAUUCAGAGAAAUGUAAUGCCAUGCAGAAGCUGCUAGUUCAAAUAAAAGAACUCGAGGGCGCGCCAAGUAAAAUCGACGCCAGCACUGUCACGCUGAUUAUAAACCAACUGCCUAAGUGGAUGGCGAGUGCAGAUGAAAGAACGAAUUUAACCGGAAUUGCCAAACAACAAAACAAAAAGAAACUCAGGGAGAUGUUGGUUUACAUAAAGACUAUUGUUAACGCUAAGAUGACGUUUUUCGAGCAGAGCGUAACAGUUGAAAUACAAAAACAAGAAAAAACAGAGGCCUCAGCUCCACCUCCUCCUCCUCCACCUCCUCCCCCAGUGCCUCAGAAACCAGACAAAAGUUUCACCGGAGCUAAAAUUUCCAAAAUCUGCAUCGGCUCUGCUAAAAGUGAGAAGAAAGUAAGUCAGGAGAAAAAAGUUGUUCAGGAAACUAAAGUUCACCAAGAGGUUGCGGAGUUGGCGAAGGCAGACCAUAGCGUGUCCUCUCCUCUCGCUAGCAUCCGCACGCCGUCCCCGACUUUUAUCAGUAUCGAAUCGAGGAGAACGGACUCCCCGCUUCGAGUGACCCCAUCUCCCCCGCCGUACAAAUCCGUUGGAACGCCUCCGCCGCCACCGCGUAAAACCUACACCCCGACAUUUACCCGAGCCUCUCCGUCGCCCACCUUGAGCCGCUCCGAGAAGCUGAUCAAACUCAGAGACGCGACCUCGAAGCUGUCUCGUGAAAUCACACCCCCGCCUCCGAUGGUUGAGAGAGAGCGGCGGAUCUCCUCCUCGUGUAGCGACCGGGACACGCCCACGAGAAGCGAGCACGGGCUAGUGGACACGACCGAAAUGGUGGACUCCAUGAUGACCGUCAGAGAUAAGAAAAGUUUCUUUGAGGAAGCGCAGAAGGCAGAAGUAAGUCGGAUGUACGUCAGAAAGGAUCCGAUCGAUAUCCCUGAGCGUCUUGGGCCCGAUGCCGAGGAAAGCGCCGUAUCGAGCGUCCCUCUUGAGAUCUUUAAAGACGAUCUCCCCAGAGUCGACCUUUCAAAACUCGUAAACCGAUUUGAGUCUCCAAAACUGAAACGGUACACUAGAAAAGAGCCUAUAGUGAUUGUGGAAAGACUCGGGAGCGAUCCAGAUGAAGUCGAAACGGAAGUUCACACACCUAAAACGGAAGAAAUCCCAACUUUUAACGUUAAAGCCAUAAAGGACGUAUUCGAAACCGGAGAGCACAGUUCCCAAGCGGCGAGGGAGCUUCGGGAGCAGAUCGAGAGGCGCGAAACGGAACCAGCGAGCCAAUCCUCCGCCACAUCUGUCUCCGAGCAGUUCUGCAGCGUUGACGAUUUCGGGAACGUGACGAGGGAAACGAGGGGCGCCACUGAAAUGCGCAGUGAGAGCUCGGUGACCCGCGGCAACCCCCCGUCCUACGCCGACGUGGUGCGAGGCAAAGUGGCGGAUAUGGCGUUGCCCCAAGAAGCUUCCACGGAGGAACUUCUCAGGAACUUCCAGCAGUCGUGGGCCCAGAGUCAGGGAGUGUUUCAGAACCUGGACUUCAGCGUGACGCAGCAACGGAGCUCUCAGAUUGUGACGCAUCAUCAGCGGGAGACAGUAGUGACGGAAAAUUCGAGUUCCAGAGUCCGAACUAUGCAGGGUGUGUCGGAAGAGAGUGUACCCCAUGGAAUCGCUGAUCGCAGACAAACAAAACUACCAUAAGACUUGUUUUCGUUGUGAACACUGCAAAGGCAC